AUGCACUCUUUCUUUUCUCCCACUACGUCCAGUGGGGACGCAAAACUCGAUGUCGACACCCUUCCAGGAAACGACAGACCCUCGCGCGCCCGGCGGGCCCGCAUGCCGCUUAUCGUUGGCGGUAUCGCAAUAAUAGUGCUCUAUCACGUCUUCCACUCCGUAUUCGUCCCAGGAUGCACUGCAAGGUCCACCCCACUUUCGUUUGGCCACUUGAACACACAGUCAGUAUGCCCACAAGAAGACGUUCUGACUCCCACCAAAAAUUCCGACAUGUGGUCCCGGACGAACGAGCUGUACUCGACGCAAUCGUUCCGUUCCCGGGCGGUGCGACGGUUGGGCGAGGCGGUUAAGAUUCCUACGGAAACAUUUGACGCGAUGGCUCCUGUUGGAGAGGAUUCUCGUUGGGAGACGCGACAGCCGUUUGUGGACCAUCUAGCCAUGGAAUACCCGUAUACGCAUAAAUACUUAGAGCUCCAGAAAGUCAACACGUAUGGGCUUAUCUAUACGUGGAAGGGCACAGAUGAGAGUCUCAAGCCGUUAUUACUGAUGGGCCACUAUGAUGUUGUUCCCGUCGCUCCUCUCAGUGUCGACCAAUGGACCUUCCCUCCGUACUCAGGUCAUUUCGAUGGCGAGAACGUUUGGGGUCGCGGCAGCUCGGAUGACAAGAGUGGCGUCAUCGGCAUCAUGACGACUGUCGAAACCUUGCUUGAGCUGGGUUUCAAGCCAACACGCACGAUCGUACUUUCAUUCGGUUUUGACGAAGAGGCGGGAGGAUAUCAUGGUGCAGGUCAUCUCGGACCGGCACUUCUUGAAAGAUUUGGGCCAGACUCCAUGGCUAUGAUCGUCGACGAGGGUUCUGGCUUCUCCGAAAGCCACGGUGCGAUUUUUGCUGCUCCAGGUAUUGGGGAAAAGGGCUCCGUGAAUGUGCAAGUGGACAUUCAAACUCCUGGUGGCCAUUCCAGUGUUCCUCCAGAACACACCUCCAUUGGCAUGCUCGCCGCCCUUAUCGUGCAUCUCGAAAACAACGCACCAGUGCCCAAGCUAACUCCUAAUACACCGGCUUUCCUCAUGACACAAUGCCUUGCUGCCCAUGCUCCCAGUAUGCCGUAUAGUGCUAAGCAUGCUAUCCUACAUGCAGACAAGAGCAAAAAGGCAAUGAAGAUCGCUGAAAAGUUCCUAUUCCAAGAUGGGAUGAUCAAGGCUCUUGUUGGAACUACUCAGGCAGUCGAUAUUAUCCACGGAGGGGUCAAGAGCAACGCGCUGCCCGAGCAGGCGUCGGCAAUAGUCAAUCAUCGCAUCGCAACUCAGAGCUCCGUCAAAGAAACCAUUGACCGCGAUGCACAGCUCGUCAAGGCUCUCGCCGCCGAAUUUAACCUCUCCGUGACGGCCUAUGGCGAGCAUCUGACUCCCCUCGGGGCUCCUGCAUAUGGAACUCUCGAACUGACCGCACCCCAAACCCUCGAGCCUGCACCAAUCGCUCCGUCCGAUGCGAAACCAUUCAAGUUACUUGCAGGGACCAUACGGGCCGUCUUCAAAACCGCUCGCGCUGACACGCUCGAUAAGGACAAGGAGAUAUUCGUUAUGCCAGGAAUCAUGUCCGGCAACACCGACACGCGAUUUAACUGGGAACUUUCUGACCACAUUUUCCGGUAUGGUCACGGUAAUAUGGUCAUCGGGGGCUUGAACGGAAUCCAUACUGUGAAUGAGCAUAUCAGCGCUGCUUCCUUCUUGGAGAUGAUCACGUUCUUCACGACGCUCAUACUGAACGUUGAUGAGGCGCAACUUUGA